ACGCAACAAUUCAGACUGUACGUACUACGUUGUUUGUACGCAGUCAGUUAGCUUGCAGUCAAUAUUUAAGUAGCUAGCAGGUUACAAUUAGUGAUUUUCACAGCGUAUUACAUGUCUAGUUAUAUACCGUGUGCUUAAAAUACUUAAAACGUGUUUCUCAAGUACAAAACAGUCGAUUCAGUCGGCGUUCAUCGUAGUAAUAGCACCGUUAGCCUAAGUGGCUAACAGGGUCCACAAUGGAGAGCAGCGCCAGCGUGAGAAAAUCGCUGUCCGGGACUCUCGUCCCUUCAGCGAUCACAACAGUGUCUGUCCUUCAAAAACCCGAGGAGAAGAACACGGAAAAGCUGAAGAGAAAGGUCCUCGACGAAGAGCAAUACAUUGAGAGUUUAGAGAAGAUCAUCCAGAGGGACUUCUUCCCAGAUGUGACUAAAUUGCAAGCACAGAAGGACUACCUUGAUGCAGAGGAAAACGGUGAUCUAGAGAGAAUGAGAGAAAUAUCCAUUCGAUAUGGAUCAUCUUUGGCAAAAUCUACACCACAAUCUUCUGCACCCUAUGUGACCCCAGCUAGCUUUGAAACACCAGUGGGCCGCUCAGGGUCUCCCUCUUCCACUCAUGGCAAUAAAGCUUUAGAUGGGGAGAGCAAAGAGGAUGACAAGGAAGAGAAAGAGCUGCCCUCUCUGGAUUGCUUCCUUGCUAAGAAUACCAGUGAGGAUAAUGCAUCAUUUGAGCACAUAAUGGAUCUGGCAAAAGACAAGGAGAAGCUGAAGCACUCCUGGUUAUACGAGGCUGAGGCUGAAUUCAAGCAGCGACAUGAGCAGAACCUUGCCUUACCAUCAAUAGAGAAAGCAGCGCUUGAAUGUGUUAAAGCUGGACUUGAGACCUGGGAGUACAAAGCAAAGAAUGCUUUGAUGUAUUAUCCAGAGGGCGUUAAAGAUGAUGAUUUGUUUAAGAAGCCACGGGAGGUCAUGCACAAGAACACACGCUUCAAUGGAGACCCAUUUAGCAAAGCUCUUAACAAAAGCCAGAUUCAGCAGGCUGCAGCGCUCAAUGCACAGUUCAAACAGGGUAAGGUGGGCCCUGACGGGAAAGAGCUCAUCCCACAUGAAUCUCCCACAGUGAAUGGAUAUGGUUUUGAAGCAAUGCCUUCCCCUGCACCUGGUGUGGCCGAGUCGCCUCUGAUGACCUGGGGUGAGAUUGAGAGCACCCCUUUUCGUCUGGAUGGAUCAGACACCCCAUAUGCCGAGAGGAAUCAUGGUCCAUCAUUUAAGAUUCCAGAACCGGGAAGACGAGAGAGGCUGGGUUUAAAGAUGGCUAAUGAAGCUGCAGCUAAAAACCGUGCUAAGAAGCAGGAGGCACUGCGUAAGGUCACAGAGAACCUUGCAAGCCUUACACCUAAAGGUUUGAGUCCAGCCCUCACCCCCGCACUGCAGAGGCUUGUAAAUCGGACAUCUAGCAAAUACACAGACAAAGCGCUACGAGCAAGUUACACCCCUUCUCCCUCACACAGAGUUGCUGGCAGCAAGUCUCCCUUUGGUGGUCUAUCCACUCCCUCAGGAACUCCAACACCAAACAAAGCCAAGACGCCGAGCUCUCAAGACCUUACAUCACUCACAGACAAUCUGCUGCAACUUCCCAAGAGACGGAAAGCCUCAGACUUUUUCUGAGUGUAAGAAGCUGUUCUCUGCUGAGAUUGUAUAACACAGACUUAUUGUAAUGCAGAGACCUUGAUUAUAAACUCUCCAAACCCACCUGUCUGUAAGUUAAGAGCACAUCUUUGUCCUGGAUGACUGGAUAAAGAAAUGUACAGAGGACUGAAGAAUUUUUAUGGAUUUAUUUGUUACAGUUUUUGUGCAGAUGGGUUAUUGAAGAUCCCUAUGAAAAAUAUCUUACUGUCAAAAUUUAUUUAAUUACUUGUUUCUUAUUUUUCUAUUUAGUAAUGUCCCAAAUGCAAGGUUUUUUGUAUAGCCACCUACCCAGCAGCACAUGCUUUAAUUAUAUGUUGCCCAUACAUGCUGUCAAGACAUUUCAGUGUUUGUCUCUGCAUCAUAGACUUUUAUCAAAGUGCCAUGUUUUGUCACUUUACAACACUUUAUACACUGUUUUUCCCCAUUUUUA